AUGACUGCGUCUUCCACAUUCUUCAAUAUGGAAGAAAUUGAACGUCUUCAAGCCAGUUAUAACGCUGGUGGUUUAGAAGCAGUUAUACCAGAAAUAAAGAAUAAAUUAGAUGACCUGGAUAGUGCACAGCUUAACAUUGCAGUUAUGGGUGAAGGAGGCUCAGGGAAAUCGACCUUAAUCACGGCGAUGAUAGAUCUUGAAAUGAGUGAGGAGGGAAGAGUUGUUGACACUGAAGCCAUUAAAGAACCAAUUGGAUACCCGCACCCUGUUCUGCCAAACGUCCAAUUCUGGGAACUUCCAGGAAUGGACCUUUCUAAUCUGGAACUGAAUGAUUACUUAAAGAUGGUAAACGUUGAACAAUAUGACAUAUUUAUCAUUGUGUCAGACUGUCGAUUCAAGGGAAGCGCUGGGGAGUCGGCUAAAGCAAUCCUACAAGAGGGCAAACCAUUUUACUUGGUUCACACAAAAGUUGACAGUCUGACUGGCAAUGCAGAGGGAAUGGAGAGUGUGGCUUUUGAUGGUGAAUUAGGAAAGCUCCGGGCGGACUGUGCCAGCAACUUCGAAGAGGCGGGUGCUGCAGCACCCGAGGUCUUUCUGAUUUCCGCUUUCCACACGGAGAAGUUUGAUUUCCCUGCGCUGAAGCUGACUCUCGCAAACCACCUGCAAAACGUGAACAAGGCGGCGUUCCUGCUCUCUCUCCCUAAUGUGACGUCCCAGAUUAUGGAGCAGAAGAGAAAAAUGUUAGAGAAAAGAGUCUGGAUGACAGCGACGCUGGCUGGAGCACUGGGAGCAGUACCUGUUCCUGGAUUGUCCUUUGCCACUGGCUUGGGGUUGUUGGUUGCAGGGUUCGUGUAUCUCUGGCACCACCGGGAUCUACGCAAUAAGUGUUUGCAGAAGUUGGCUGCCACAGCUGGUAAGCCUCUGCCAUCUCUGCAAACUGCAAUCGAGUCGCCAGGUAAAAUAUCCCGAGCACUGAUCCGAACACUGCUAUGCUUCACUGCUGUCGCCUGUACAGUAGCUGAGGUCAAACUGCGCAUCACACCCCUGAUUAUUUCCGUCUUUGGAGCGGUGUCUUCAUUCUGUUUCACUGCCGCGCUCCUAAAGGAUUCGCUAAGCGAGCGAGUGAAAACCACACAAAGGCUGGUGACGACUGCAUUUGAAACCAAUUAA